AUGGUGACGAGCGGCGGUGGGGCCAGGGUAGCCAUGGCGGCUUGGUCCACCUUCGCCGCGGCUGUGAACGUAUUCCUCCUCUUGGCCCUCCAGCGAGUCUCACACGCCCAGACCUUCUCAUUUCCAUUCCUGCAGCCGGAGUCGUGCGGCCACAACCAGUACUUCGAUAUCUCCGCGCUGUCCUGUGUGCCGUGUGGAGCCAACCAGAGGCAGGAUGCCCGAGGAACUUCAUGUGUGUGUUUACCAGGAUUUCAGAUGAUCUCUAAUAAUGGAGGACCUGAUAUUAUUUGUAAAAAGUGCCCGGAAAACAUGAAAGGUGUUACUGAAGAUGGCUGGAAUUGCAUUUCUUGCCCUGGUGGUUUAACUGCAGAAGGAAAAUGCCACUGUCCUACUGGCCAUGUUUUAGUGGAAAGAGAUGUUAACGGAACAUUGUUGUCUCAAGCAACUUGUAAGCUCUGUGACGAAAAUGAAAACUCUUUUACAGUAGCAAAUGCUUUAGGAAACAGAUGUGUUCGAUGUGAGCCAACAUUCGUCAAUACCAACAGGUCCUGUGUGUGUUCGGAACCGAACAUUUUAACCGGGGGAUUAUGUUUCAGCAGCACAGUGAAUUUUCCUUCACGUGUAAUUUCAUCUGCCCGUUAUGGAGAACUUGGCAUGUCUUUCACUUCAGAAUGGUUUGCAAAGUAUUUGCAGUCAUCAGCAGCUGCUUGUUGGGUGUAUGCCAAUCUAACAUCUUGCCAAGCUCUCGGAAAUAUGUGUGUGAUGAACAUGAAUUCUUAUGACUCUGUCACUUUUGAUGCAUGCCGACUGUUUCAGUUUAUCUUUGAAAAUACUGGACUGCGCACUGUUCAUUCUAUUUCAUUUUGGAGACGGAAUCUUCCAUGGCUCUUCUAUGGAGACCAGCUAGGAUUAGCACCUCAAGUACUCAGUACCAUACCUCUUCCUACAAAUUUCAGUUUUAAAGGGGAAAACCAGAAUAGAAAACUGAAGUUUAUUGCUGCUUCCUAUGAUGUAAGAGGGAAUUUUCUCAAGUGGCAGACAUUAGAAGGAGGUGUUUUACAGCUUUGUCCAGACACAGAGACAAGACUGAAUGCUGCUUAUUCUUUUGGAACAACCUAUCACCAAAAUUGUGAGAUUCCUAUUUCUAAGAUCUUAACCGACUUUCCCUCUCCUAUAUUUUAUGAUGUGUACCUUGAAUAUACUGAUGAAAAUCAACACCAGUAUGUUUGGGCUGUGCCUGUGUUAAACCUAAAUCUUCAGCACAAUAAAAUAUUUGUAAACCGAGACAGUAGCCCCGGCAAGUGGCUUCUGACUCGGCGCAUUUUCUUAGUGGAUGCACUAAGUGGACGGGAAAAUGACUUAGGAAGUCAGCCAAGAUUAACUCGAAUUGCUACCCAAAUAUCACUGAGCAUCUACCUUGUGCCCAACACAAAAAAUGGAAACAUUUACCCUCCCUUAAUUACCAUUGCCUACAGCGACAUUGAUAUCAAAGAUCCCAACAGCCAGUCUGUGAAGGUUUCUUUCUCAGUCAAAUAUGAAAUGAAUCAAGGAGAAGCACAAGUCCAGACAGAUAUUGCUUUAGGCGUUUUGGGUGGGCUGGCUGUUUUAUCAUCUCUUUUGAAGACAGCAGGAUGGAAGAGGCGCAUUGGGAGUCCCAUGAUUGAUUUACAGACAGUUAUGAAAUUCUUGGUGUACUAUGCUGGUGAUCUGGCCAAUGUUUUUUUCAUCAUCACUGUGGGAACAGGUCUAUAUUGGCUUAUUUUCUUCAAAGCACAGAAAUCUAUCUCUGUUUUGCUACCAGUGCCAGCUCAGGAAGAACGUCUUGUUACUUAUGUGGGAUGUGCUUUUGCUCUGAAGGCUCUGCAAUUUUUGCAUAAGCUUAUGUCCCAGAUUACCAUAGAUAUAUUCUUUAUUGACUGGGAGCGACCUAAAGGAAAGGUUCUGAAAGCUGUUGAAGGUGAGGGCGGUGUUCGCAGUGCCAUGGUUCCUGUGAGCAUAUGGAGAACAUAUUUUGUAGCAAAUGAAUGGAAUGAAAUUCAAACUGUGAGAAAAAUUAAUCCACUCUUCCAAAUACUUACUGUCCUCUUUUUUUUGGAGGUUGUAGGAUUCAAGAACUUAGCAUUAAUGGACUCAUCCUCUAGUCUUUCCAGAAGCCCAACUAGCUAUAUAGCUCCCUAUAGCCGCAUUUUAAGAUACGCAGUGUCUACUGCUCUUUGGCUAGUCAUUGGAAGUUUACAGAUCAUGUUCUUUGCUGUCUUUUAUGAGAGAUUUAUAGAAGAUAAAAUUCGACAGUUUGUGGAUUUAUGCUGUAUGAGCAAUAUAUCAGUGUUUCUGUUAUCCCACAAAUGUUUUGGAUAUUACAUUCAUGGUAGAUCAGUACAUGGGCAUGCAGAUACUAAUAUGGAAGAAAUGAAUAUGAAUCUUAAAAGAGAAGCGGAAAACUUGUGUAGCCAGAGAGGUUUGGUACCAAACACAGACGGUCAGACUUUUCAGAUUGCAAUUUCCAGCCAGAUGAGACAACACUAUGACAGAAUUCAUGAGACACUAACAAGGAAAAAUGGCCCUGCCAGACUACUGAGUUCAUCGGCAAGUACAUUUGAGCAGAGUAUAAAAGCAUAUCAUACUAUGAAUAAAUUUCUUGGCUCUUUCAUCGAUCAUGUUCAUAAGGAAAUGGACUACUUUAUAAAAGAUAAAUUGCUUCUUGAAAGAAUUCUUGGAAUGGAAUUCAUGGAACCAAUGGAAAAAAGCAUCUUUUACAAUGAUGAAGGAUAUUCUUUCAGCAGUGUCCUGUAUUAUGGAAAUGAAGCCACUCUUCUUAUUUUUGAUGUGCUGUUCUUCUGUGUUGUGGAUUUGGCUUGCCAAAAUUUUGUUCUAGCAGCCUUCCUUACAUACCUACAACAAGAGAUUUUUAGAUUUAUACGUAAUACAGUAGGACAGAAGAAUUUGGCAUCCAAAACAUUGGUGGAUCAAAGAUUUCUGAUUUAA